AUGUCGGCCUUGUCAGAUGAUGCCAUCCGAAAGGUGUUUGUCGAAUUGCAAGCAAAGUACGUGGCAAGCACUCAACAAUUGAACACGGUUAAAGCGCAGAUCCAAGCGAGACAACGAGAUCGCAAGAUGGCAGAGCUGACGCGACGCGAACUUGAUACGUUGGAUGCUGAUACCAAGACAUACAAGCCUGUUGGUAAAAUGUUUGUGCAAACGCCUUUGGGCGAAAUGAAGGAUCAAUACGUCAAUCGCAUUAAAGAUUCUGACGAGAAAAUUCAACAACUUGAGAAAUCGCAAAAAUACUGGGAUCGUGCAGCAACUGAUGCCCAAAGCAAUUUAAGAGAUAUCCUUCAGGGACCACGAAACAUGUAA